AUGGACAAUACUACAACAAAUAAAGCAGUUACUCGAAUACUUCAGGAUGAGUUACCUAAUAUAAAUCUUAUAUCUAUUGAAUGUAUAUGUCAUAUUCUUAAUCUUAUUGUGAAGGCAGGAUUAGCAGAAAUUGAUAGACUUCAACAAAAAGUACAUAAAGUUAUAAAAUAUUUAGCCAACCCUUUAGCCAAUGGACAUUUAGAAUUCUUAGAAUCAUAUUGUAGAGUUGUUGGAGAACCAUCAAUGCCAUCAUGUUUAAAAACAGAAGAAUUAUUAGAACUGGAAUCAUUUUGUCAGAUUCUCAAACCAUUCGAGGUUGCAACAACAAUACUUUUCAAAGAUCAGUCGAAUUCAAUUUCAGAUGCUUUAACAAUAAUAUUAGAAAUCGAGCAACAUAUUAAUAAUAUUAGACAUAAUAGCAAUGCAGUAUGUUUAAUGAAAAAAAAAUUUCAAAAAUAUUGGGCUAAGAUAUCAAAUCAUGUUUUAAUCGCACAUGUUCUUGAUCCAAGAUAUAAAAUUUCACAUUCUUCAGUUUCAGAAAUAGAAGGUGAUGAUAGUAUGAUGCAUGAUGUUUUCUUUCCUAAAAGAUUAAAAAAACAUCACAUCAAUACAGGUUCUCUUGACUAUGAAUUGGAAUUAUAUGAGAGAGAACCUCUAGAAAAUUUUGAGAAUGAAAGUGAUGAUGCAAAAAGUAAUAGAAUAUUUAGUUGA